CAAAUAUAUAGCCAGAGGGGGCUAUCAGCUAUGCACUGUGUCGGAGUCUGGGUUUCUGGAGCAGAAGGUACAGAUGAUAGCAGAGGCGUUUGUUUUGAAGCUUUUAUUCAAGGAGUUAUGGAAGAAGGUGGAGAAGGGUGUGAAGCACGAGAGCACAGCUCAAAACCUGAAGGCGAAGGAGAAGGAAUUGAGUCCAGAGUUUGAGGAACUUGAAGAACUGGCCAGGAAGGCGAACAUCCCGUCGGAGAAAACAGAGGAACUACGGAAGGCGAUGACACAACUGCGAGAAGCUCGUCUCAACUACUCUCAAAUUCAAUGGUGGUGUUAUUGCUGCCUGGCGCCAUGUUACCAGGAGGAACUCGAGAAAGCAGACAAGAAGAUGAAAGAUUUCUUAUCGGAGCGGUUGCCGUUGGAGAAUUCAAAGCAUCUGCUCUUGAUCCUCUGCCUGCUGCAAACGAAGGCAGCAGAUCAGACCGAUCGUGACAUUGGGCAACCAGAAAUACUAAGGAGUGGCGAUCUUGACAAAAUCUCAGAGUCUACACUGCCACUGAAUGCUCCAUUGAUGAAAAAAUUGAAGGCUUGCCUCAUGAUGGAAGGGCGUGAUAGCAUCCUUAACUUGACUGGUUUUGCCGGCUCCGGGAAGACCACCUUCGCUCAACGGCUCUGUUGUGAUAAGGAUGUCCGAGGUUGGUUCAACGACAUCAUGUUCGUGUCCGUAGGUUCGAUUAUUGAGAGCACUGGAGAUAUUCUAGUGAAGCGUUUAAAAGAUGAGUUGCAUGGAAAUGAAAAUAGAAAGGCGGUGUUGCUGGUGCUGGAUAACGUUGAGAGUAGUGGCUCAGAAGAGUUCGUUAACCAGUGUUUGAAGGAAAUAUCAUCAAAUUCUAAGUCGAAGAUUUUGGUGACUUCAAGAGCUGCUAUCCAAGGUUUAAACUCCGCAGAGCACAUGCCGCUACUUGGUGAGGACGACGCGAUCACUCUUUUAAGUCACUUUGUUCAGCCAAUAGGCACCACCUCGUACAAUCUUCCCAGCCAUAGUACUCUCCGCCAGGUAGCGAGAGGUUGUGGAGGUUUUCCGAUAAUGAUCAAAAUAAUUGGCACUGAUCUCCGGGGCAAGCCCAUUAUAUUUUGGCACCGUUUAUUGAAAGAAUGGUCCCAGCAAGGUCACCAAGGCUUGUUCGCUCAUCUACAGAGUUCCUUGAGUAUUUCCAGAGAUUUUGAAAGCACCAGUAAAUUCUUCAUGGACCUUGGCUUAUUCCCUCAAAAUCAAGUCAUUCCCGUAGCUGCCUUAGUCGACAUGUGGGUCGAACUUUACCAACAAGACGAGGACGGCACAGAUGCCAUGAUCCACAUCUACCAUUUGACAGCCAUGAAUUUGGCUGACAUGGUACUUGUCAGGCGAAUUGGUAGCGAUGAAGACAAUUACUACGAUAACCACUACCUAACCCAGCAUUAUAUUCUCAGACAUCUGGCUCGCAAAUAUUCACGCCAACAGGAGGAAGCAUUCGAGAGGGAAAGAUUAGAUAUUGGAAUAUAUGGAAAUGAUCGACCUGAAUGGUGGCCAGAACAGCCACAGCAAAGGAUCAAUGACUUGGGACCAACUCUGCAACCAAUAGCUGCUCGUAUAUUAUCUAUAUCAACCGAUCAAGCCGUUACUCCAGGUUGGUGCAACAUUCAAGCAGCUCAGGCUGAGGUUCUGAUCUUAAAUCUCAAGACCUCAGAGUAUACAUUGCCGGAAUUCAUUAAGCAUAUGAGAAACCUGAAAGUUCUUAUAGUGAUCAAUUAUGGUUUCCGCCGGUCCACUGAGUUCAAAAACUUCGAGCUGCUACGUUUCCUACAGAGUCUCAGAAGAAUCAGAUUGCAGCAUGUUUCAGUUCCUUGUCUCUUGGAAUCGAAGAACUUGCACAAGCUAUCACUUUACAAAUGUGAAGUGAAGACGGCGUUUGAAAACAGCUCCAUGGAAUUCUCAAACGCAGUGCCAAAUCUAACGGAGUUGAACAUUGAGUUUUGUGAAGAUUUGGUGAAGUUGCCAGCUGAGAUUUGCAAUAUUGUUACCCUGAAGAAGCUCAGCAUCAGUGUUUGCCGCAACUUUUCUGAACUUCCCCGAGAAAUUGAGAAGCUUGAGAACUUGGAAUUACUGAGGAUUAGUUACUCUGAUGAGUUUAGGUUUAGUGACUCUGAUGAGUUUAAAGACAUGCCAGAGCCAAUCACAAAGCUGAAGAGAUUAAAAUUUCUUGAUAUCUCACACUGCAUAAGCCUUAGAAAAUUACCAGACGACAUUGGUGAGCUGCAAAAACUUAGAAAUCUUUAUAUGUCGGGUUGCCCAAUAAAGGAAUUGCCAGGCUCCGUCAUGAAUUUGACGCAUCUGAGGAGAGUGAUAUGCGAUGAACAUUCAUAUGGUUUAUGGGAUGUUAUCAAAGGUUUCAUAAACUUCGAACUAGACAUACAGACAACCGCCAGGGGCGUUACCUUAAGAUGGUUCCCGGGAGACUUUGAAGGGGACAAAGAGAUUGAGGAAGACAUUGAUGAAGCCCAGGAAGAAUAUUUUAAUUGAUGAAUGUAAUCUUAAGUUCUGAAUAAAAAAUAUAAGAUGAUGUAACGAAUCCCGCACCCGAAAGUCUCAAGUGCAGUGUGGUUUUUGUAAGUUCAAGAGGCUCUUGUACGUGUUAAUAUAACAUGAGCUUUUCUUUUAGACUUGUAUUCAUGACAUUGGUGGUUUAAUAAGUUUAAAUAACUUUUUCACUCAACUUGUUAGUUUUUAAGCAUGGACUCUUUCUACAAGAAAUGUUAGUCAUUUCAAUCAAAUAUUCAAUAACUAGCAAUUAAUCUGA